UGUCACCUAUUAACAAUGGCUGGAGGUGGAAAUGAGCUGAUCUCGACCAUUAAUGGUGGAACUAAAAGGAAGUAUGCAUACGUGACAUUCCUGGCUGGAAACGGAGACUAUGUAAAAGGAGUUGUAGGAUUAGCCAAGGGACUCAGGAAGGUCAAGACCGAAUGGCCACUUGUGGUUGCGGUCUUGCCUGAUGUUCCCAAGGAACACCGCAGUCAGCUGGUGGAACAAGGCUGUAUAGUCCGUCAAAUUGAGCCACUGUUUCCACCAACCAACAUCGGAAAACAACAGUUUGCUCGACCUUACUACUCUAUCAACUAUUCCAAGCUUCGAAUCUGGGAGUUUGCUGAGUACGAUAAGAUGAUCUAUCUAGAUGGUGACAUCCAAGUCUAUCAAAACAUCGACAACCUUUUUGACUUACAAGACGGUUACUUCUAUGCCGUCAUUGACUGUCUUUGCCAGGAAACUGGAAACCUCUGCCCUGGUAAGUUGCAGUGGGAGGCUGAGUUUGGGACAAGGGCUACUCUCUAUUUCAACGCCGGCAUGUUCGUUUUCGAGCCUAACCUCUCUACCUAUGCCGAUCUACUUAAAACCCUCAAAACUAAGCCUACCACUGCCUUUGCUGAGCAGGACUUGCUCAACGAUUACUUUAAAGACACAUAUCAGCCUGUUCCAUCGGUCUACAAUCUACUUGUGGCUAUGUUAUGGCGUCACCCUGAAUAUGUUGAUCUAGAGAAAGCUAAAGUUAUUCACUACUGUGUUGCUGGUUCUAAGCCAUGGAAGUUUGUAGAAGAUGACGAGAACAUGAACAGGCAGGAUAUGAAGAUGCUUGUUAAGAAAUGGUGGGAGAUAUUCAAUGAUGAGACUUUGGACUAUAAUAAGUGGAUAACAACAACAGGACAUGCUGCUGCUGAUGUUGUUGAAGAUGGAAAAACUAUGAAUAAUCAGUUAGUUUUGUCUGAAGUUGGAGAUGUUCAACAAAACAUCAUCAAACUUCCAUCCGCAGCUUAA